AUGGUCUUCGCCUCGGGAAAGCUGGAUCUCAUCAAGACCGUAAGAGGUCUUGAUCAGAAUGGACCUGGGGGAAACGGAGAGAAUCUCGAAAAGCUGUGGAAUAACCUCAUAGAGGCAUCAGACCACCAAUUCCACGCGGCAGAGGAGAGCGCGUUGAGAUGGCUGCUAAAAUCGAUGAAUGGGCCAUCACCUGAGGCAGAGACCAUACGACGCUACCCAUUGACCUGGAGGAUUUUGGAUUUCGUAUUUCAAAAGAUACCGCUUUUCUCACUGGCUAAAUCUUUAGCGGACAGAAAAUUCGCUGCGGUUCUGCAACAAUCUCUCAAGGACGCAUCGAAUCCAAGCCAAGAGGCUGGCGCUUCAGGCGGGAAAAGGAAGAGAUCAUUAGCUCCACUCUACGCCCUGGACGAAUUGAAAGGCCUCGAAAGUUGUUUGGCGACGGGACAGGCUGUUUUCAAUGCUCUGAAGUCUCUGCUUGAUCGACUGGAGAACAAUGCGGUCGGCUCACGCGAUAGGAUUGGAGCUGAGCACAUCAAAUCUCUCUUCUCUACCUCUGCAACCGAAGCUGCGACAUUAUCAUCAUCCUUCUUUAUUGUUUGUGUUCUGUUACUGGCUAGCGAUGUUUGCGACGAUGUCGAAGGCAAAGAAGACUGGCUAUCCACAGUCUCCAAGAUAUGGGAUCUCCAUCUACAAGGGGACACCGACGCCCUGGAGAUUGCAACACAUCUCUUUCGACCAGCCGCUGCGAUCCUGAGACAGUUAGAACCUUCUAUUCAAGGCCAAAAGUCGAAUGUUAAUGAAGCUUUGGCGGCUCGAUGGAGUGCAGAUCUCCAGAAGUUCAUGCACCGAAAUUUCAUACUCCCUGCUCGCACUUACUUCUGGAAUCGCCAAGACUUCGAGGUCAUUUCGAGGGCACUCGAUGUUUCAAACGACAAGACGAGGACAUCUGCUCCAGCACUAUACUUUCUGGCUGCAGGAAUGCCCGAUGUUUCGACUGAAAGCGACUUGCGCAGGAUCAAUACGCUUUGGAUGGACCGGAUAUUCAAGGCUGUGGAGGAGCAAAUCCGUAAAAGGCCGGAUAGAAAUGCCUUGAUGAAGGGAAUUCUAGCGCAGGCGGUAGGAAGCUCAGUAGCAGUCGAUGCUGGGGACCUUCGCCAAAUAUGCCGCAACUAUGGCCUGGGAUCGGAAAUCGACUGGAGCUUACUGGCAAAUGCUGCUACGUGUAAUCCGGAUAUUUUCCAAAUGUCGGAGGAAGGCACAGCUCUGUUGAAUGACGUUUGUUCGCAGAGCAUCAGCCAGAAACCAGACUCUGAUGUUUAUAAGGAUCAGCUAGAUCUCAUUGCGGCUAUAAAGAAGAGCUUUCAAACGCGCCGCGAUCUCUCUGGAUUUUUGCGACUAUGGUUCUCGCAGCUGUGUUUGACAGAGAAGCGCAAACUGGUCUCGAAUAGCCCUUGGUUCGACAUAGGGAGAGGGAACCGUGAGAGUUCGAUUUCUUCUUUCAUAGAGUCCGAAUUAUCGCCACACCAGCUCCUUGGGAUUGUCGAAUGGGUCGGCGAACAGGAGCCUGGCUCAUACCCCCAGUCUCUUUGUGUUUUCAUGAGCACCGUUGCGCAAGGACUACAUAGCGAGCAAUUCAUUGACGCGGUAGGCAUGAAGUUAUUCAACCAGGUGUUCCAGCUGAAAAACUCUUCAAAGACUGCUUUGAAGUGGAGGGUUAUUUCAAAGACGAUUUCAUGGACCUCUCCCGAAGAACGGAACAAUAUUUGGGAUCAAGUGAAAGAGCAGGUCUCUAAGCUUUUGCGGAAAGGGACAAUCAAGUCGGCUGAAACAUUUGAGGCUCUCAAAUGCUGCUAUCAGGCUUGGGAUUCUAUGAGCCAAGAUGGAGACGCUGCCGACGAGUCAUCCAAACUGGUAGAGAAAUUCACACAGCGGUUGGUAGAAGAACUUGCGUCGUACGAUGUGCUGGAAAUCACAAAAUUAUCAGCCUCUCUCGACUCGGGGGCAAGGUCGGAAUUUGACGAAGAACUUGCUUUCCAGCAAUACUUGGCUUGGUAUGUUCUGGGUGGCAGCCGUUUCUAUCGGCUCUAUUCAAGAAAAACAGACGAGAUUCCACUGCUCGAGGCUGUGUCCUCUACAAAGGAUGUAAGCCCUCCAGGGUUGCAUGCUCUUUGGAGCGCUCUCCUAAGCAAUGACGCCAACCUUAACGACACGAAGCUUUCCAAAAAACUUCUGGACCGCUUGAUUACAGCCUUAGCCGAGUCUGAGAAAGAAAAGGGUUGGCCAGGAGAAAAGGGGCAGCUGUGGAUUCGAACGCUAUGCAGCAUACCCUUGGAAGCCUUUAGCCGCGCCCAGCGUGAGCAGAUUAUGAGCAUAUUGGACAAGAGGAGGGAAAAGAUGAUCAAAACUCCAAAGCGGGUGUCUCUCGAAGGCUGGAAGCUGGUACUUGAUUUGGCAAGCAAAAUGAUGGCGCGGCCGACGUUUUACGAAGGGAUGCAGUUUUCUAAUCUUGUCGAUUAUGCUGACGCCCUUUCCAGCCUCUCCUUUGAAGAGACGAUAAAUGAUGAGACUCUGCUUGAACUUGUUGAAAGAUAUUUUGCCAUGGCUUCAACGAUAGUAAGGCAAAUGUCGGAUAAUUUCGACGAGCGAAGUGCGAAAUACUUUUCAGAAAGCUUGGCGUUUGUUGAAACAUGCGAAACGGAAGAGACGAAGAAUGACCCCUUGAGCCUCCCAGCACUUCGUGUCACCCUGUUAAAGGCCAUUGCUGUUGAGCUUAGCCGGUCGUCGAGCCUUCAAAGCCAAUCUAGCCUCAGUCGGCUACAACAGGAUGCUAGGAGUGCAUUGGCCCGACACAUAGCGGCGGUGUUGGGGGAGCUCAUAGCAGACAAAAAGUUCUUAUCAAAACACGACAAUUUGAAAGAUUUGGGUCUUUUUGCAACGACACACGCCGCAGAGAUUAUGGAUAACGCCGCGGAGUUAUCACAGCAUAAGUCAAGCUCGAUCCGGAAGCUGGAGAAGCGGAGCAAGGAGGCUAUGGAUGCUGGAGACUUGAGAGCCUGGAAGAUUCAGAUUUUCCUUCACACAUAUCUAGCGAGCAGGAUGGAGGAUCCUCGCCCGACUCGAUUUACUGCUCUGGCAAAUUUGCCGUCCAAGGUCCGCGAGUCUCUACUAAGAGAAUAUGUGACGUCUAUCAUUGCAAAUACCGAUGUGCCUGACGUCUCACGCUACCUCAAGGAGCUGAUUAGUGAGUUUACAGGGGGCUGCGACACAGAUGGCCAGGCUCUUGCCAUCCAACACGUCGUUGGUCAUCUUAUCGAACGCACUGAUUUACAUGGCAAAGGCGAAGGUGUUGAUCUAUCGACAGCCCACAGCGAGCUAACACUCUGUCUCUUGAAGAAGUCGCCUAAUGUCGCCUACACAUGCCAAACCGUUCAGACCCUUCUGGAAAAGAAGCCGCAAGCCAUGGGCCAGUGGAACAUUGAGGUGACAUUGAGUACUGUCAGUGACUUGGCUUUGUCAAAGGGCACAAACGGCUCAGCAGUGCCAUUUACGUGGUUGUGCAAGUUGGUUGGGACAAUUAUCAAGAAGCACCGCCUACGGUUGGAGGGCCACCAUCACUUGCUUCUGACUACCGUGCAAGCCUUACUCAACAGCUUAAUUAUCAACCAGCCGAAGAGCGCUGGAGAUGGCACAACGCAAGAGACGAUGGCUCGUUUAUACGGUCGCCUCAUCACCCUCAUCUGCGAACCGACUGCCGGCGCUGUAUCUCGAUCACAGCACCAGAAUGCCCUAGACUCCGCAACAGACGCAGCCAAGCGGUCUGCCGGCCGGCACGUCUACCUGGUACUGAUGCAGUACGUGAAGCUGCAACUUGAGGCUGACGUGCCAAGAGAGGUGCGCGAGGCUCUUGAGCCAGCGAUGAAUUCCAUUUUCGACGUGACGCCGCCGGAAGUGAGGAAGAUUCUGAACGACGCAAUGGAUGCUAGUGGAAGAGCCAUCCUGAGAGAAAUGUUCAAGAGAUAUGUCAAGUUUGGCAAAUGGAGCGGUGUUUAA